AAGUGAUUUACUUUCAUUUAAGACAGGUAGCAUUUGUCCUUAUAUCACAGUUUUUAAAGUUUCUUGCCUAUGGUCUUUAUUUUCUACCUAUAGUUAUGAAACUCUUCCUCAUUGACAGGGAACACCCAUGACAUGCCUGUGUAUAACCUUAAAAUUGCCUUGAGACCACAGCUUGAGAGUGUGUGUAUAAACACCACACAGGGUCAAAUUCCACAUGUGCAUCCAAGUUAGCAACUUUUAGUAGUUUAGUAGUGGCAACUAGUUUCAGUUGCUUUAAAGGGUCAUAUUGUUAAGAAAUUCUGGCAUUUCUCAGGAUUCUAAAAUAAUAACUUUUGUUUCACUGCUUGUGAAAAUUGUCUGGAUUGCUGGGAACCAGGAGAAAAGAACAUUUCAACAGGAUUUGGCUAUCAGCAAAUCUGUUUUGGUUUCCUGUUCUGGCCUCCCUACCUAUCCAGCUACAUUAUGCCCCUGCCGGCAGGUUUCUUCUUUCUUUUACCACAGGAAAAUUGUCCGGCCUCUUUUUCUAGCAUUUUCAGGACCCGCCUGACAGGAAAUUUUCUAAUUGCCGGAACAGCUGGUAGGAGAAAACUUUGCAAGGGCUUGGCCUUCCCUUUCUAACUUAAGUUUUACUGGCAGAAAUUCUUUUGAUACCAUCAUGGUUUCAUAGCCAUGUUUAAAUUUUUGUCUUUUCGUGUUCGCUCUAUACAGGAAGAAGUCAGUAUCAAAGAAAUUGCAAUCACUCAUCAUGUAAAGGAAGGACAUGAAAAGGCAGAUCCUUCCCAGUUUGAACUUUUAAAAGUAUUAGGGCAGGGAUCAUUUGGAAAGGUUUUCUUAGUUAAAAAAAUCUCAGGCUCUGAUGCUAGGCAGCUUUAUGCCAUGAAGGUAUUGAAGAAGGCCACACUGAAAGUUCGAGACCGAGUUCGGACAAAAAUGGAACGUGAUAUCUUGGUAGAAGUUAAUCAUCCUUUUAUUGUCAAGUUGCAUUAUGCUUUUCAAACUGAAGGGAAGUUGUAUCUUAUUUUGGAUUUUCUCAGGGGAGGAGAUUUGUUUACACGCUUAUCCAAAGAGGUGAUGUUCACAGAAGAAGAUGUCAAAUUCUACUUGGCUGAACUUGCACUUGCUUUAGACCAUCUACAUAGCCUGGGAAUAAUCUAUAGAGACUUAAAACCAGAAAACAUACUUCUUGAUGAAGAAGGUCACAUCAAGUUAACAGAUUUUGGCCUAAGUAAGGAGUCUAUUGACCAUGAAAAGAAGGCAUAUUCUUUUUGUGGAACUGUGGAGUAUAUGGCUCCAGAAGUAGUUAAUCGUCGAGGUCAUACUCAGAGUGCUGACUGGUGGUCUUUCGGUGUUUUAAUGUUUGAAAUGCUUACUGGUACACUACCUUUCCAAGGAAAAGAUCGAAAAGAAACAAUGACUAUGAUUCUUAAAGCCAAACUUGGAAUGCCUCAGUUUUUGAGUCCUGAAGCCCAGAGUCUUUUACGAAUGCUUUUCAAACGAAAUCCUGCAAACAGAUUAGGUGCAGGACCAGAUGGAGUUGAAGAAAUUAAAAGGCAUUCAUUUUUCUCAACAAUAGACUGGAAUAAACUGUAUAGAAGAGAAAUUCAUCCACCAUUUAAACCUGCAACGGGUAGGCCUGAAGAUACAUUCUAUUUUGAUCCUGAGUUUACUGCAAAAACUCCAAAAGAUUCACCUGGCAUUCCACCUAGUGCUAAUGCACAUCAGCUUUUUCGGGGGUUUAGUUUUGUUGCUAUUACCUCAGACGAUGAAAGCCAAGCUAUGCAGACAGUUGGUGUACAUUCAAUUGUUCAGUUACACAGGAACAGUAUUCAGUUUACUGAUGGAUAUGAAGUAAAAGAAGAUAUUGGAGUUGGCUCCUACUCUGUUUGCAAGAGAUGUAUACAUAAAGCUACAAACAUGGAGUUUGCAGUGAAGAUUAUUGAUAAAAGCAAGAGAGACCCAACAGAAGAAAUUGAAAUUCUUCUUCGUUAUGGACAGCAUCCAAACAUUAUUACUCUAAAGGAUGUAUAUGAUGAUGGAAAAUAUGUGUAUGUAGUAACAGAACUUAUGAAAGGAGGUGAAUUGCUGGAUAAAAUUCUCAGACAAAAAUUUUUCUCUGAACGAGAGGCCAGUGCUGUCCUGUUCACUAUAACCAAAACCGUUGAAUAUCUUCACGCACAAGGGGUGGUUCAUAGAGACUUGAAACCUAGCAACAUUCUUUAUGUGGAUGAAUCUGGUAAUCCGGAAUCUAUUCGAAUUUGUGAUUUUGGCUUUGCAAAACAGCUGAGAGCGGAAAAUGGUCUUCUCAUGACUCCUUGUUAUACUGCAAAUUUUGUUGCACCAGAGGUUUUAAAACGACAAGGCUAUGAUGCUGCUUGUGAUAUAUGGAGUCUUGGUGUCCUACUGUAUACAAUGCUUACCGGUUACACUCCAUUUGCAAAUGGUCCUGAUGAUACACCAGAGGAAAUAUUGGCACGAAUAGGUAGCGGAAAAUUCUCACUCAGCGGUGGUUACUGGAAUUCUGUUUCAGACACAGCAAAGGACCUUGUGUCAAAGAUGCUUCAUGUAGACCCUCAUCAGAGACUGACUGCUGCUCUUGUGCUCAGACAUCCUUGGAUUGUCCACUGGGACCAACUGCCGCAAUACCAACUAAACAGACAGGAUGCACCACAUCUAGUAAAGGGUGCCAUGGCAGCUACAUAUUCCGCUUUGAACCGUAAUCAGUCACCAGUUUUGGAACCAGUAGGCCGCUCUACUCUUGCUCAGCGGAGAGGUAUUAAAAAAAUCACCUCAACAGCCCUGUGAAGUGACCUCAGUGAGAUAUUUGGUACCAUGGUGUAAGCUGAUAGCACAAGUUCUGGCGACAGGUAGCACAUAUCUGAGAGACACCUGCAAGCACACACUGUCCCAAGUGGUACCCAUAAUGCUGCUGCUCCUGCUGCUGCUCCUGCUUUCGUCUCUUCUCGCUUUAAAUGAUUGUUAGCAAGUUAGAUUUUCCUGGAGCUUCGGAUGAAAUGAAAAUGGAAACAUGAUGAAGAUAUAGUCACUGAAUCAACAAGAAAAAUAAUGAACAUAUGAAUACCACCUAAAAAUACACUGAAUAAAGUACACCAUAUAGCAUUAUUUUUAUAGGAAAUAUUUCAUGUCCCUUAAAUAUUCUUUGUUAGUUAUAGGGAUGGACAGUUUAUGUUAAGCACUUAGCUUAAACAAUCCGUUUAUAUUAGCACUGUAUCCCUUGUGCCAUCCAACAUUUUGUAUGUUUUUGUAAACAAUUCAUAUACAGUACAUUUCUGUACUGCUUUCUUUAAUGUAUACAUGCCUUGUUUAACUUGGAAUCUAUUAUUAUUAAUCAAUUGACUAUUAAAUCUGGUUAAAUAGUUCACCUGGAUUAACAGUAUUGUUGGACAGCCCUAAAAAUGGCCAGAUUGUGGAACAGCUGUUGAAUGUAAUACUUCCAAAAUGUACAUAUCUUUCCCCAUGUCUGUUUCACUGGUUCAUUCAUUUGUUUGUUUCUUAAAGUCAGGUGCUCUGUCAGACUAACCUAGAGAGCCGUUACAGUAGAGAAAGUUAUCAUAUGUGUAUGGCAUGAACUCAAGAAUACACCUAUUUAAGUUAGUCCAUAUACUUUGCAACUCCUUAGAGUUCCUUUUCCCUUAAUUAAGGAAGUAGUCCUUGCACUUUUAAUCUUACAUAGCAUCCGUACUUAGAAUUUGGUAUAUCAUUUGGGAUUUUGCCAAUAUACAUCAAAGCCCUUUAAGAGUCAUGGUAAAGAGAUUGGUGAAGGAAAAUUUAGCAACAGGAGAUUGAAGUCCUAUUGGAUAUUUCAUGUUUAAAUAGAUAUUCUAUAUUAAACACUAAUUUGAACGUAAUAAAGGCCAAAGGCCUCUAUAUGAAAUUGAAUUUAAACUUUCUUAUUUUAGGGAUUAAAACAUUAUUGAUCAAACAGUAUCUGUACUAACCUAAAAUUAGAGGUAGGGCAGGCUAAGUGAACAUUCGGCAUUGAGUGUUUUCUGAAUUCCCCAUGAUAAUUUAUAGCCAUAUACUGCUUCCUUUGACUUCAGGAAUGAUCAGGUUUUAUGACAGCCACUGGGUCUGCUUAUAUCACUGUAUUCAUUAUCUGCAUCUAAUUUGGUAGUUUCUACAAUUUUAUCUGGUGAAAGAAACUUCAGUAGCCAUUGUUACCUGGGUCUUUGCCAAGCUACCUAGCAUACAUCAACAUUUAAUGUAAAAGACAUAUGAGCAAGGAAAAAGUGGUUUAAUUUACCUUAUUAAGAAAGUACCCAAAUGGGCCAGGCACGGUAGCUCACACCUGUAAUGUAAUUUUAACACUUUGGGAGGCCGAGGCAGGUGGAUCACCUGAGGUCAGGAGUUUGAGACCAGCCUGGCCAACAUGGCAAAACCCAGUCUCUACUAAAAAAUAUAAAAAUUAGCCGGGCGUGGUAGCACACACCUAUAAUCCCAGCUACUCAGGAGGCUGAGGCAGGAGAAUUGCUUGAACCUGGGAGGUGGCAGUUGCAGUGAGCCAAGAUCACACCAUUACACUCCAGCUUGGGAGACAGAGUGAAACUCUGUGUCAAGGAAAAACAAGAAUGUCCCCAUACGGAUUUUUCGUAGUCAUGUACUAAGCCAUGUAUAUCAGAAACCUUUUUUCCUGCCAGAAGCUUUAAAUUUUCCCUUAAGAGUACAAAGCCAAGAGACUGUGGUUUAUCUAAAUGUCCUAAAAUCCACUUGUCAUUCCUUAAUUUCUCCUCUAUGCAAUUAAAGAGAAAGGGAAAAUCUAUAACGUUUCUUUUGCCCAAGUGACACAAAAAUGAUUAUUGCAUAGAAAUCAAAUGUAAGUUUAGUUUCUAAAUGAAAAACGUAUAAGAGGGAUAUCAGAAUAUCUAGAUAGAGAAAGUAUUUUAAUGUUCUUGAAUAUAUGGAUGCUAACUAUUUAAAGCUGCUUUCCAUUGCUUGGAAAGAGAGCUUUUUUCCCUCCUCUAUUCAGUGUUUCAAAUUAUGGUUCAUCUCAAAUUAUUGUCACUUUUAAAAUGUUAAUGUCAUUCUGAGCAGAAAGAAAACAUGUGUUUUCAGAUUUUUUACACUGAUGCUACUCCAUAAUUGCUUAAGUGUAUUGUCAUCAUAGUCUUUUAGAACUAGAAGUAAACACAUAAAUCCUUGUGAAUUACUCAGUCCAACUUUCUCAUAUUGCAUGUAAAUAACCUGAGACAAAGUCUAGAAUCCUUAACUUCUCCCCAUUUAAGGUUUUUUUUUCCUCAUAACACCAUGCUGCCUUUCCUUCAUAUCACCAACCAGUAGCUGAGUUCAAAAACUAUAUAUUUCUUGGGCAGUCCUCUACUGGUAUAUGAUGCCAACUUUAUUUCUUUCAAAGAUAAUUGCCGCCUUUGCCUAGUCAAGCAGCCAGUUUUAUUGGAGAAAAGCAAGUUAUAUGUUCACAAAAUGGAAGGCUUUCUACCUACAUUUAUUUCAUCUAUGGUUCUGGUGUUCCCUUCCAUUGCUUUUGACGUACAGUCAAAAAAACUUGGCCAACAAUGUGCUCUAAAUAUAGUGCUUGUUCUGAGUUAAUUUUUCCAUUAAUUUCUCAACAUCAAUUCUUCAGUCCCCUACAGUUGUGGUAUUGAGGCCCCUGAAGGCUUCUGCCUUUCACCAAUUAGUGCUGCCAGUUACUGGGGCUUCUCUCAGAAGGUAUCAGUCCACAAGCCUCCUCUUAGUCUCUAAUCCAAAAUAAUAUCCAAAGCGAGAGAUUGAAUUAACCUUGUCAAGCACAUACUGGAAAGUAUGAAUUACACUACCAUGUGUUCGUAUCUUCCUUUCAAGUGAUGAUGUUAAUGAAGGUAAGUUUUCAUCCUUUUUUAAUUUUUGUUUUUUAUAAAUCGUUUCAGCUUUUUCUGGUUUAUAGAGGUGUCUUCUUUCUAAUGCAACAGACCCCUGACUUUAACUGAUUUGAUACGGAUGCGUUAAUUACAAGCAACCUCAAAAGUCCAAAAAUGGAAUAAUUUUGACAAGGCCCAAAGUUGAAAUGCUAUGAAGCUUGUGUGUUUGAAAAGUCACUGAUGAUUAUCUGGAGAGAAGGUGUGGUGUGUAUGCUGUAGAGUUUCCACAUUUCACAUGCAGUGCACUCCAAAAAGCGGGUUUGGGUCAACCAUUUCCCAUCUCUUUUUAAGACGUGACUGCUCUUGGGGCAGGGAAUAUGAUGGGAGGUGAGGCUGUCCAGUAAGCUGUGCCCUGCACCUUCAGCCCAGGAAAGAUUUGAACAGAGGGUAGGUGGGUGCAAAGGCUUAAAGAAAGAGCAGAAUGUAUUGGCAGGAAAGGGACUGGGGUAAGCCCAGCCUGGGGUGAGAGCAGAAAAGCAUUCAAGAUUUGCAGGCCUUGCUAAGGUUGUGCUUAAUCACCAUGGAGGCCAGCAAUACACAUCUUAACAUCGCUUUGAUAUUCUCUACUUCCUGGCCUUCAAAAAUGACCUAUAAUUUUUCAGUUUGCUUCAUAUUAUAUAAAGAAAAUUCUAUCUUAUGGUUGAUUGAGCAUUGAGACUUAUGAAGGCAUUAGGGUAAAUAGCUCAGGAAUGUAAAGGUUCAGAAAAGGUCUGUUUUCUCAGAUUAACAAAUACAAUGUAUUCCAUGGCUGACCUUGGUGCUUAAAUCAGGAGGUUUCAAUCUGGUUCUAGAGUUCUGGUCCUCUGAAAGGCCCAAUGCCAUGUGACUAACUUUAAACUGGAUAUACACUUUGAGCCUUACUUAAUUCACAGAUAAGUUGACUUAACUCAGUAUUUUUAUUUCAAUUAAUGAAAAUAGUCCUCUUUUCAACCCCAGGUUGCUUACAUUUUGCUGGUCUCCCCAAGUGACCAUUGGUGGGGACCAAUUAAUGAAGGAAUGAAAUUCACUUUCUUGGGACUGUGGUAUUCUACAGAGCCACACUUAACCACUUUUUCCAAUGAAGAAUCUCCAGAAUGAUAAUGCCCAAAUAUGGAUGACCAAGAAGAAUUUGUAUCUACAGUGUGCUUUAUGUAUUUUUGACACUGCUGUAUUCUGUGUGAUCAAGUGAUUUGCAACUGGUUCCAAUGUGACAGGGUUCUCAAAGAAUUCUAGUAACUAAGUCAAUUUUCUUAAGCCUGGUAUUACUGUCAGCCUCACAUUUACCACUUUGAUUCUAGUUUUUUAACUGUUCAUAACAGGGCAUACCAAGGGUUGGGAUGAGAGCCUACUUCCUACCUCUUAAGGCACUUUCCUCAUUAUUUUGCCAUAUAAUCUUGAAGUACGUGAUACGCUGUUUAAAUGUCCACAAUUUCUCUCAGAGCAACUAGCAAAGUAUAUUACAUUUUGAUUAGAGAUUAGUGGAAAGGAAAAUUUAGAGAUUUAAGUUCAGAGGUACAAACCUCAAGAAAACCUCUUUAGAGCACAUACCGUGAGUAGAGUAUAUGUAAGUGUAUAUGGGAAGAGAGUCGCUAUAAUAGUCCUCUCUAAGUAGAUUAGUUCAUUGUCUGAUGGAAGUGAACAUCUUCACUCCUAUUAUCACUAUAGUACUGAAUGAACUGUAUACUGAGUUUUUCAAACAAGUAUUUAAAAUAGAACUUUUACCUACAAAGCAAGGGCAUAAAGAUAAAGAUUUUGGUUUGUGUUUCUAUAAGUGUAGUUUACCACCUAAAACUUUGUUUUUUAAUUUUUAAAAAAAGCUUCAAGGUAUUGCCAUUCCUUAGCAUCUUUAUUCAUUAUGGGUGAUGAGUUUUUAACUCUUAAAAUUAUAUACAUGUAUUAGUUAAUCUUAACCAUUGCCCUAAGCAAAAGGGAAGGUAUACACCUAAGGGAUGUACUUACUCUGCAUUUUUGGCCAAGGGUGGGAAUGGGGUGGGUGCCUACUUAAAUAGUUUUUAAAAAAGAAAAAAAUCACAAAUAUUUUUCUACUAUUAUAUAUGAUCUUCCUUUAUACUAGUUUCCCUCUAGUAAGGCAUGCCAGAAGCCCAAGAUACCAUAUCAUGAAUUCUUAACAUAUUGUACCUUUUGUUGGUGGUUAAAUCGCAUCAGAUGCUUGGCAUUGCUGCCAUAAUUAUGAAAUGCUUGUAAAGGAUCAAAUAUCACUAAAUACUUUAAAUUGUUUUACUUAAGAGUCUAAUCUGGGAAGUUUUCAAAUCAUACUAUUAAUGUGUAAUCUAAGCUCUUCCGAUGUAUCCAUGAAUAAUCCUGGAACAAUAUUGCUUGUACUCCUGUCAUAGAACAGGUUUUGUAAUCUUUAAAAGAAAUGAAAAUUUAUAUAAUAAAGUUUCAAAUCAA